AGCCAUUUUGAAUCGGAGGUUCAGCUCCACGGCGUGGAGUCACACAGGAUUCCUUCGACGGGCUUCUAAGCCCCUGGCGUGUUGCAGCAAUGCCGAACUUCACAACGGAGCAGAUCCGGACCAUCAUGGACGCGACGGACUCGAUCCGUUCCAUGUCUGUCAUCGCACACGUGGACCACGGGAAGUCCACGCUGACGGAUUCGCUCAUCUGCAAGGCUGGCAUCAUCUCUGCGAAAGCAGCAGGCGAUGCACGCUUCACCGACACAAGAGCAGACGAGCAGGAGCGUGGCGUGACCAUCAAAAGCACUGGAGUCUCUCUGUACUUCGAAUAUGAUGAUGACGAUGGCAAGGGCGCCAAGCCGCAUCUGAUCAACCUCAUCGAUUCCCCUGGCCACGUGGAUUUCUCUUCUGAGGUCACAGCCGCCCUCCGCAUCACCGACGGCGCCAUGGUCGUCGUCGAUUGCAUCGAGGGCUGCGCGGUGCAGACGGAGACCGUGCUGCGCCAGGCCCUGGCGGAGCGCGUGAAGCCGUGCUUGUUUGUGAACAAAGUGGACCGCUGCAUUCUGGAGUUGCAGAUGGAGCCCGAGGACAUGUAUCAGCGCUUCCGCAAGGCAAUCGAGGAUGUGAACGUGAUCAUUGCAACAUACAACGACGAGUUGAUGGGAGACAACCAGGUGAACCCUGACAAGGGCACGGUGGCCUUCGGGAGCGGCCUGCAUGGAUGGGGGUUCAACGUGGAGCGGUUCGCGAAGAUCUACGCCGCGAAGAUGGGCGUUGACAAGGACAAGAUGAUGAAGCGCCUGUGGGGCGAGUCCUUCUUCAACGCCAAGAAGAAGACUUGGACCAACGUCAUGCAGCCCGAGGGGUGCGACAAGCCUUUGCCUCGAGCCUUCUGCCAGUUCAUCAUGACCCCGAUCAACCAGCUGAUGCGUGCGAUCAUGGACGACCAGAAGGACAAGUACUCGAAGAUGAUGGAGACGCUCGGCAUCGUCCUCAAGGGCGACGACAGGGCCCUGACAGGCAAGCCCCUGAUGAAGCGCUCGAUGCAGAUUUGGAUCAACGCAGCCGACACCCUCCUCAACAUGAUCGUCUCCAAGCUGCCGUCGCCUCGUCAGGCGCAGAAGUACCGCGUGGAGAAUCUGUACGAGGGACCCAUGGACGACGCAGCGGCGAACGCAAUCCGCGCCUGCGACAAAGAUGGAGGGCUGAUGAUGUACGUGUCCAAGAUGGUGCCCACCAGCGACAAGGGCCGAUUCCACGCCUUCGGCCGCGUCUUCAGCGGCACCAUCGCGACCGGGCAAAAGGUGCGAAUCCAGGGCCCGCACUAUACGCCAGGAAGCAAGGAGGAUCUCAACGUUAAGAGCAUCCAGCGCACCGUGCUGAUGAUGGGCAGGUCGGUCGAGCAGAUCGCCGAUGUGCCUUGCGGCAACACCGUGGCCCUGGUGGGUGUGGACCAGUACCUCCUGAAGUCAGGGACCAUCACCACCAUCGAGGACGCCCACAACAUCGCCGACAUGAAGUACAGCGUGUCGCCCGUGGUCAAGGUGGCCGUGAAGGUGAAGGAUGGCAAGGACCUGCCCAAGCUUGUCGAGGGUCUCAAGAAGCUCUCCAAGUCUGACCCGCUGGUUAUCUGCACGACCGAGGAGAGCGGGGAGCACGUGAUCGCUGGCUGCGGCGAGCUGCACGUCGAGAUCUGCCUCAAGGACCUCCGGGAGGAGUACGCACAGUGUGACUUCAUCGUCUCCGACCCCGUCGUCUCCUACCGCGAGACCGUCUCCGAGACGUCCACGCAGACGGCCCUGGCCAAGUCGCCGAACAAGCACAACCGCAUCUACCUGGAGGCGGAGCCGAUGGCGGAAGAGAUCAGCAAGGACAUCGAGGACGGCAAGCUCGGCCCCAAGGCGGACGCGAAGGAGCGCGCUAAACUUUUCCGUGAGAAGUACGACUGGGACGAGUCUGCGGCGCGCAAGAUUUGGUGCUGGGGUCCAGAGACCGAGGGCGCCAACGUCGUCGUCGACGUCACGCAGGCAAUCCAGUACCUCCUGGAAAUCAAGGAGCACGUCAACAGCGCCUUCCAGUGGGCCACCAAGGAGGGGCCCCUGUGCGAGGAGAACAUGCGCGGCAUCCGCUUCAACCUCACAGACUGCACCCUGCACACCGACUCCAUCCACCGCGGCGCAGGGCAGAUCAUGCCGCCCACGCGCCGCGCGUGCUUCGCGGCGGAGAUGCUCGGCAAGCCGACGCUGCAGGAGCCCGUCUUCCUCGUGGAGAUCACGUGCCCCCAGGAGGCCAUGAGCGGCGUGUACAACUGCAUGAACCUGCGCCGCGGCUGCGUGUUCGAGGAGAACCCUCGCGAGGGCACGCCGCUGAUCCAGGUCAAGGCGUACCUGCCGGUGUCGGAGUCCUUCGGCUUCGUCUCUGCGUUGCGGCAGGCGACCUCGGGUCAGGCUUUCCCCCAGUGCGUCUUCGAUCACUGGGAGAACAUGCCAGGCAAUGCCAUGGAGGUGGGGAGCAAGAUGAAUGAGCUGGUCCUGGCCGUUCGAAAGCGCAAGAACAUCAAGGUCGAAAUCCCCGCCCUCCACGACUACCUGGACAAGCUCUGAGUCAGCACGGAAGGCUGCCCGGCACCGUCGGUGGCCGAGGGGGCAGCGGAGUGGCUGCGAAUCUUAUGUACGCCGAGGGCAUCUUCGGCGGGACGGGUCUCGAAAGUUUCAUGGGUAAUCGGGUCACGAUCCGAAGUUCCUUGGCACGUAGGAGUAAUUCCCGGCUCACAGACUUCCCGCAGCGCGCGCGUGCGCGCUUCCCUCGGUUCCUUUCGUUGAUCGUGCGCCCCUAAGGCGACCGCUCGGCGCUAGGAUUGGGGCGAAUCAUGGAACAGUUAGUGGACUUGUGCCCAUCCCACCACCGCGCCUGAGUUGUGGAGCAGAGGCCCCGUGGACUCACACAAAUGAUUGAGGACUCUCAAUUGCAGACUUGGGGACUCUACUCAUUGCCUCUCGGCACGGUGGCGGGUUUUGGCAAGCGAGGCCCUGUUGGAAUUGUCUGCCGCGGACGAUUAUGUUCAAA